AUGGUUGAGGAGAACCCCAUGGUUGUGGGGCACCAAAUGGUUGAGGAGCACCCCAUGGUUGUAGGGCAAGAAGAAAUGGUUGAGGAACACCCCAACAUCUAUGAGGAGAACUUAGUGAGGAACCCAAGGUUGGUGACCCACCAAAAGCAGAAGCCCUACAAGUGCCUCGAGUGCGGGAACAGCUUCAGGUGUAACGCUGAACUUCUCCUCCACCAACGGAUCCACACCGGGGAGAAACCCUACAGAUGUGAUGAGUGUGGGAAGACCUUCAGGUUGAGUUGGUACCUCAUCAACCAUCAACAUUCUCAUACUGGAGAAAGACCUUAUCAAUGUGAUGUUUGUGGGAAGAGUUUUAGUCACAGCUCAGCCGUGGUCCGUCAUCGUCACGUCCACCUCUUGGAGAAACCAUAUAAAUGUGAUGAUUGUGGGAAAAGCUUCAUCCAAAUCUCCAACUUGAACCAUCACCAACGUCUUCACACCGGGGAGAAACUCUACAGGUGUGACAAUUGUGGGAAGACCUACUUGAGAAGUUCUAAUUUGAACCAUCACAAAUGUUUCCGCACCAAGAAGAAGAUGUUGGAAUGUCAAACUUGUGGGAAGAACUUCAUGUGGAGAUCGGAUUUGAUCAUCCAUCAACGUUCUCACACCGGUGAGCGACCUUAUCGAUGUGGGGAGUGUCAGAAGACCUUCAAACAUUCUUCAUCCCUCAUGAAACAUCAACAUGUCCAUACUGAGGAGAAACCUUACCGAUGUGGUGAUUGUGGGAAGAACUUCACCUAUAGCUACUCUUUGAUGAAACAUCAACGUCUCCAUAGCGGGGAAAGACCUUUUAGAUGUGAUGAUUGUGGGAAGAGCUUCACGUGGAGCUCAGAACUUAUUGUCCAUCAACGAAUCCACACCGAUGAACGACCUUAUCAAUGUGAUGAUUGUGGGAAGAGGUUCUUGAGAACUUCGAGUCUCCUCAAACAUCAACGUACCCACACCGGGGAGAGACCCUACAAGUGUGACCGUUGUGAGAAGACCUUCAAACAAAGCUCCAACUUGAUCGCCCACCGACGUGUCCACACUGGAGAAAGACCCUAUAGAUGUGACCAUUGUGAGAAGACCUUCAAGCAAAGUUCAACCCUGGUCACCCAUCAACGGAUCCACACCGGGGAGAGACCUUAUAAAUGUGGAGAUUGUGGGAAGAGCUUCAUCGUCAACUCCAAACUCAUCAGGCAUCAGAAGAUCCACCUCAGAUAG